AUGGAAGCUCCACAAUCUGUACAAUUCAAGCUUGUUUUAAUUGGAGACGGAGGUGUUGGCAAGACAACCUUUGUCAAACGUCACCUCACAGGUGAGUACGAAAAGCGCUAUAUCGCCACAGUAGGCGUCGAUGUACAUCCACUGACAUUUUACACAACCCGUGGCCCAGUCUGCUUCAAUGUAUGGGAUACAGCUGGCCAAGAAAAACUUUCAGGUCUUAGAGACGGCUAUUACAUUGGGGGUCAAUGUGGCUUCCUUUUUAUUUUUUUCUAUUUUUUUUAAAAAUAAUUAUUUUUUAAAAAAAAUCCCCAAUGUGGCAUUAUCAUGUUCGAUGUCACCUCACGUAUUACUUAUAAAAAUGUCCCUAAAUGGCAUAGAGACCUCGUCAGAGUUUGCGAAAAUGUUCCGAUAGUCUUGGUUGGUAACAAAGUUGACGUUAAAGAUAGAAAAGUCAAGGCUAAACAAAUUACGUACCACAGAAGACAUAACCUUCAGUACUUUGAUGUGUCUGCUAAAUCCAACUACCAGUUUGAAAAGCCUUUCUUGUGGCUCGCCAGAAGGCUUUCAGGGGACCCUAAUCUUAUGCUUGUAGAAGCCCCAGUUUUGGCACCGGUUGAUGUUCAGAUUGAUCCAGAGCAGAUGCUAGAAAUCGAAAGAGAAAACGCUGAGCUUGCAAACUUACAAAAUGCUCCAUUGCCUGCUGAAGAUGAAGAUGAAAAUCUUGGUUAA